CUCACAUACAACAAUGGAGGACAUCGAUGCGAUGGUAUUCGUGCUGCUCGGUCUGGUGCUUUUUGUAAGACACAAAGGAGAAGAGAGUCAGAGAAGGCUGCACGCGGCAAGACAAAAUACACUGGAAAAGUCCCGGAGAGUGUUGGAGUAUAUACAACAGUGUGAAGCCGAAGAUGAGAGGAAUCAAGCCUCCAAGAAAAGACGCAUCCAGAUGCUACUCUCGUCACAACAUUUCCGCCGCAAACCGUCGGUCUGGGCGCACAACCGAUCCUCGGAAUGGUGGGAUGUGAUUGUUCCCGGCUUCACAAACGAGCAGUGGGUGGAGAACUUCAGGAUGUCUGAAGAAACGUUUGGCUUCUUGUCCAACAAACUGCGUCCAGUUUUGGAGCGGCAAGACACCAAUUUCCGCGGAUGUGUGCCCCUGAAGAAGCGAGUGGCCAUUGCACUGUGGAAGCUCGCUACUGGCUCUGAGUAUAGGAGUAUUGGACAUCUUUUUGGAGUCAGCAUCACAACUGUGUGCCGGUGUGUGCAGGAUUUUUGUGCUGCAGCAGAGACAUUGUUGGUGCCAGAACAAAUCCGUUUUCCAGACGAGGUGAAGUUCCGCGAAAUGGCUACCUACAUUGAGAACAGGUGGGGGCUCCCACACUGUGUUGGUGCGAUCGAUGGAUCCCACAUUCCAAUCCUUGCACCACAGGACUAUCACUGUGACUUCUUCAACCGUAAAGGCUGGCACUCCAUCCUCCUUCAAGGUGUUGUCGAUGGAAAGGGGCUGUUUUGGAACGUGUUUGCUGGACUGGCAGGGAGCAUGCAUGAUGCCAGGGUUCUGAGAGUGUCCAAACUGUGGGAGUUAGCCAGCCGAGGGAACCACUUCCCAGCUCGCACCAGGAACAUUGGAGGGGUGACUGCUGGCUAUUACAUCAUAGGAGACUCAGCAUAUCCUUUGCAGAACUGGCUCUUGAAACCCUUCCAAGACAAAGGACGACUUACAGCAGAACAGCAGAUGUUCAACAGAAAAUUCAGUAGAUGUACAAAAUCAUGA